CGUUCCGGUGUACCGAUGAACCUCCCACCUGGAGUGCAGACGGUUCCUUGCGAAGAAGAAUGAAAAUACGACGCAAUCGGUGGCCGGCAAACAGAAGAAGAUGCUCUCAUGGCAUUUCCCAACAACCUGCGCUGUAGGGUUGCUGAUUUGGCUCGGAUGCUUUACCACGCUCGUACACGCAAACAUCAUACAUAAUGUCCUGGGUCUUCCCGAUACCUGCGUCUACCAGAACCAGGUACGAGCAUGUCGGCUUUCAUUUUCCUGCUGGCUGGAAGGUGGACGACACGUUUCCGGAUGUGGUGACAAUCGGUGGCUUAUGUCCUGCUGCGUGUACGAGACUGAACAAUCGAACGCGAUCAUUGCUCCGAAAUUAGCGUAUGCCGGACCAAUGGUACCGGUACCAAUCAUCCAGCCCAUUGUUCCGGUGAGUCGACCAAAUAUGAUUGUUCCAUCGCAAAGCUUCAGCAAGCAAAAAAGCUUCUUCCACCGGCGUUCCGAUCAACUGAUGCAGAACGAAUGUGGAAUUCCUCAAACAUCACAGAACACCCUGCAGAAGCGCAUCAUCGGCGGUCGAACGGCCAACUUUGCAGAGUAUCCCUGGCAAGCGCAUAUUCGAAUAGCGGAGUAUCAGUGCGGCGGUGUUCUCGUAUCGCGACGGUUCGUAGCAACAGCGGCCCACUGCAUACAACAGGCACGGUUGAAAGACAUCCUCAUCUAUCUCGGCGAGCUGGACACACAAAAUUCGGGCAAAAUUGUGGAACCACUGCCAGCGGAAAAGCAUCGGGUGGAGAUGAAAAUUGUUCAUCCGAAAUUUAUCUUCCGUAUGACGCAACCGGAUCGUUACGAUUUGGCACUGCUGAAGCUAACACGUCCCGCCGGUUAUAAAUCGCACAUACUACCCAUCUGCUUACCGAUGCGGCCGCUGGAACUGGUCGGCCGAAAGGGUAUCAUCGCUGGAUGGGGGAAAACUAACGCUAACAUGGGCCAAACAGGAACAAACAUCUUGCGGACGGCAGCCGUUCCUAUCAUUAGUACAAAAGAAUGUCUACGAUGGCACAACAGCAAGAAGAUCAACGUGGAGCUCUUCAAUGAAAUGUUCUGCGCCGGUCAUUCUGAUGGUCAUCAAGACGCUUGCCUUGGCGAUUCGGGUGGACCACUGAUCAUCAACGAUCGUGGACGGUACACGCUGAUCGGUAUUACCAGUGCCGGAUUCGGAUGCGGGGUCGACCAUCAGCCAGGCAUCUACCACAAUGUGCAGAAAACGAUCAAAUGGAUACAGAGCGUAAUCUACGCUGGUGUUUUGCAGCUGUUCGACGUGUGGCUGUCCACCUUUAAACCACCCUCCCCGGAAAACUCGGCCUGUGCGGGUGUCGUGUCCCCGAGGCUCGCUAUGCGUUUCAGAUUUCCGCUGCGGCGAGUGCAUCUCGGUUGGAUCCUGUUGCUGCUGUUAGGCGUGCUUGCUGCUGCUGCUGCUGUCACCGCAUCGGAACCAUCGAUUGCACGCAAUGGCCGUUCGGAACGUCCGGGCUCGGCCAGUGCAAACGAACGCUUCAACGAGGUACUGGACCGAGAAAAUUUGCGUACACUCAUCAACCGGCAGCUACCGAAGCAGGGCCGAUUCUUCGAAGAGUUCGACGGAAUGAUUCCACAAACAUGCCGCCAUAAAGGACGUAAAUUCGAAUGUGGCUUAUCACUGUCCUGCGUACUCGGUGGUGGCAAACCUCUAGAUCUUUGUUCCGGUGGUAUGAUCUGGUCCUGCUGCAUCGAUCGCGACUUUGCACCGGAAAGCGAUCCCGAACACGGUGCCGUCCAUAAUGCCAGCUGUGGUGAGCUGUACACUCGCACGAACCGUAUUGUCGGUGGUCACUCGAGUGGUUUUGGAACGCAUCCUUGGCAGGCGGCACUCAUCAAAUCGGGCUUCCUUACGAAGAAGCUUAGCUGCGGUGGUGCAUUGGUUUCUAAUCGCUGGGUCGUCACAGCUGCUCAUUGCGUCGCCACAACACCAAACAGCAAUCUAAAGGUACGGCUAGGAGAGUGGGAUGUGCGGGAUCAAGAGGAGCGACUAACACAUGAGGAAUAUUCGAUCGAAAGGAAGGAAGUGCAUCCCAAUUAUUCUCCGAGUGACUUCCGGAACGAUAUAGCUUUGGUCAAACUUGACCGAAAGGUCGUGUUCCGGCAACACAUACUACCGGUCUGCUUACCACCAAAGAGUGUGAAGUUGGUGGGCAAAAUGGCAACUGUUGCUGGCUGGGGUCGAACACGGCACGGGCAGAGCACAGUACCUUCGGUGCUACAGGAAGUGGAUGUUGAAGUGAUACCAAACGAGCGAUGUCAGCGAUGGUUCCGGGCGGCCGGACGUCGCGAAACUAUUCACGAUGUGUUCCUGUGCGCCGGUUACAAGGAAGGAGGUCGAGACAGCUGCCAGGGAGACUCCGGUGGACCGCUGACUCUUUCGAUCGAGGGACGCAAAACGCUUAUUGGGCUCGUGUCAUGGGGUAUCGGAUGCGGUAGGGAACAUUUACCCGGGGUGUACACGAACAUCCAAAAGUUUGUGCCCUGGAUCGAGAAGGUGAUGGGCAAGGAGUAUUAGGAUAAGGUUAUUUUACGUCCAACAACCACUAAGACUCCACUAUUCAGACAUGACAACUCAGCAACGAUACGGGAACGCUCAAAAUGGCACAGCAAUGCAUUACAUACCGGUUAGAAUUUAAGAUGAUAUUAAGCUUAAGCUGGUAGGACUUUAAGCAGAACGCAAUGCGCAUAGUAAUUUAUUGAUAAAUUAUUUCAACACGUUUGUACAUGAUGCCGCGCAUUGAGAAGUAAUGUCAUUUUUUCGAAUAAAACUGAUAACGU